GGAGGAGUAAUGCCGAAUUUAUUUUCAAUUGAGGCAAACUGUUUGGUAUGCGAUUUCGUGCUUACAACUUCAGCUUCUUCUUUUUACAUUCGCAUGACACCUUUGCUCUUCAAUAGUACUUACUAGUCUUUAGCAGUGCACUCUCCUCACUAAGCAUUCGUACCUUCUUCUUCGUACAUUAUUGCGCUGGGAAAAAGAAAAUUCUGCUCUACUCAUCUAAAUCUAGGAUCCGUGCUGAAGGUGAAGCUGGUGGA